UCAGGCCUUGGUCAGCACGAGAGGCACAGACACCCGGUUCUGCGUAACGAGAAACGCCUCAAACCGGCACCUAGAGUCAAAGGCAAACCUGGGAGAAGUGACCGUGUAUGGUCACAGGAGGAGGUUGCACUCCUGAGGGAACUAGAGAUGAGAUUUGCAGGAUGCAAAUAUAUAAACAAAUCGAUUGCAGGCAUCCUGAAAACGAAAACACCCAAGCAAAUCUCGGACAAACGCAGACUCCUGGCAAACACCCCGACGGAGGCCCAAACGAUCUGCGAGUCGGCGGCAGACUCGAACGAUUCUGACGCAGAGGGCGUCCGGGAGAAUUCCAAUGAUGAAGCCCAACGCCCAAGAGCUAGCCGGAAAACACCGGCCUCGAUCCCUAAACAUCGAGACGUAGACGACCAGCUAACACAAGCUGAAGAGCUCUUGGGUGCAAGGAAGGACCUGGACACACUUGCCCUCGGAAUCGGACUAGUGGAAAGCAUUACCGACCUACUUUUAAACAGUAGGAAAAGACAGGAUAAAAACAAAAAGCCCCGAAAAGACCGGGCCAAGAAAGACAAAAAACCCGGUAGCAAUACCGGAGCUAAAAAACGAUGGGCAGCAAGCAAAGCGCUGUUCAGAACAACACAGUUGCUAUACAAAACCAAUCGGCGCCAGCUGGCUCGCGAGAUCAUGGGGGCGCCGACCUCAUCCGCUUGUCCUCUAGCAAAAGAGGAAUUGGAGACAUGUUUCCGUGAGAAGCUGUCUAAAGCAAACGAGAAAUCCAACAUCAACAAGUAUGCUCCAUACUCAGGAAAGGUCGAUGACGGGUCCUUGAUGAAACCCAUAGAGGUAGAGGAGGUCGAGGCAGCCAUCAAGGGGAUAGACCAGAACAGUGCCGCAGGGCCUGACGGCCUGAAACUGGAGGAUAUCAGAGCACUACACGAGGAGGAGGAAACUCGUCUACCCCGCCUCUUCUCCCUAUGGCUAAAGUCAAGUACAAUCCCCGAUUCACUAAAAAAGAGUCGAACGGUCCUGAUUCCUAAGUGUGAGGAUAAGGAACGCCUGAAAAACAUUGACAACUGGCGACCAAUAACCAUCGGUCCAAUGCUGCUCCGACUAUUCACGAAAAUAAUGGCAAAACGCCUAAGUGAAACAGUCGAGAUCAACCCCAGGCAAAAAGGGUUCCUAGCAGCCACUCCCGGAUGCAAUGAGAAAAACCAGUGUUAUUUAAACAAGGUCUUCAAGGCAAUGAAGCUGAAAGAUUUUGUGCACUUUUUACAACUUUGUACAUUCCAAAAGUUACUGGAGAAUUGAAGACUUCAUGGAAUUAACUUUAGCUGUGUCAGAUAUGAUACAGAAGUUAGAAGAAAGAUGGAGUUAGCCAGAAGUAAUUUUGUGACAAUGAAAGAUAUGUCAGCACAAGAAAACCCAAACUUUUAAUGGGGAAAAAGUUCACAAGAUGCUACACGUUAUUCAUUUUCCAGAAUCCUGACUGACUAGAUCUAUGAAAGAAAACAGAGGCUUUUAAAAUGUGAAUGCUAAGAUGUACGCUGAAAAUUCCAUUUACAAAGGAGUAGCUGAAAUAUACAAGCAAAAACAAACUCUAAAAAGUGACACCCAGCGCUGAAAAUGUCAGUAGUUCAGCCAUUUGAUCACAGUUGUAAAGUGACAGAGAUCCACUCCAAAUGGCAAAAGGCAGCUGAAAGAGUAGUCAACCUAGGUGUGUUUGAAUGAGGGAUAUUAUAGAAUGGUUACAGCUGCGCUACAGGAGAUGUGUACGGUUGGUGCAGGACAGAUAAGUAUGGGAGAGUCAACUGCAUAUCAUCUGGCAGGGCUAUCUACAAGCAACAGCAGCAAACAGCGUUAGCAACGUGAGAAAGUAGAAAAUCAACUGCACAACGAGGAGACUCAACAUGGAGAAAAGUCAAUGGCAACAACUAAAUUGUUAGCUCACAUAAAAAAUUGGUAUUGGUCUUUUAAGAAAUGUUUACUCCGUCAGAUGAUAAUGUUGUAGAUAGGAGCAGAGUGAGCCAGAAUCAUUGGACAGCGCCAUCUGUUGACGCUAAUGUAUAUUACACUAAUACUUCAGAUCUCCGGCGAGAGUUACCUCGACAGCAUGACAUUGAUGAGUUGCAAGCAGCCAGGUAAACUUGUUUCUAGGACAUUUGAGAACUGGGACUGACACGGAUGCUCAAAUACCUGUUGAUGCAAAGAAAAUAAAGAACCAGAUCAUCCAUACAAGUCCUGCAUCUACAGAUGGAAAG